AUAGAUGAUUAAGAAAUCAAAAUGGCGUCGCGUGCACGGUGCCGAUAAUUUUCGUUACAUUAGAAUGUUCGUUAUUAUUUUUUGUGCAUGAUACAAGUAAAAUGCGAGCAAUAUAUGCUGUUUAAAUGAGUGACAUUUGAUGAAAUUUUAUAUGAGAAAUUGUGAAAUAACAUCAUUCUUGUAGCAUCAUAAUUUUGGAAUAACUCGUGCGACAACCGUUGUGAGACAAUCAAAGAAAAAGUACUGUUUUACGUAUGGCUUUUAAACUACACGGAUAGUUUCAUAUCGCUGUUAACCGUGUUCUUGGUGAAAAACAUCAUUGACAUGACGAAAGACGUGUGUUUAAUUUUCGUGCAUUGUGAAACUACGACAAGCUAUGUGCUUUGACGUGCACGAGUGAAAACUAGUUUCGUUCAAAGACUCGUGAAGGUGUGGAGACGACGUGCGUGUUAGCCACCAUGGCGGUGAAUCCGCGUGAUAUGGACGGUUUUAUGCCGCUCCUGUCAACGACGGACAUCAAGAAAAAGUUAAAUGUUGGUAGUUUGCUGUUGAAUUAUUUAGGAGAUGCAACAAAGAGUAUCGAAUGUCAAGACAUCGGGCAGUUUAUCGAUAACAUCAUACCAUGGUUAAGCAACGGCAAUCCUAAGGUCGUCCAGAAUGGUUUAGAAAUCCUCACGUUUCUAGCGGAUCGAAUGGGUCACGACUUCAAACCUUAUAUUUCCACUAUUAUUCAACCAACAAUAGAUCGACUGGGUGACAGCAAAGAUGCGACACGAGAAAAAGCGCAGCUAGUGCUUCUUAAAAUAAUAGAAAAAGGAUGUAUGACUCCUCAACAACUUUUGGAUAGACUGCGGCCGGCCUUUAAUCAUAAGAAUGCAAAAUUACGGGAAGAAGCUCUUAUUUUGUUAACAACAACGUUGAACGAACACGGCGCUGAUGAAAUGAUGUUGUCAGGAGUGAUUCCAAGUAUCGUAAAAUUAUUAUCAGAUCCAUCUGAAAAAGUGCGAGAAACUGCUUUGAACACAUUAGCGGAUAUCUACAGACACGUUGGCGAGAGAUUACGCGUGGAUUUGCAGAGAAAGCACAAUGUACCGCAAGCUAAAUUACUGUUGUUGAUAGAGAAAUUCGAUCAAUUGAAAGCGGCCGGCGACCUGCUGCCUCUAGCAAUGUCUUCGGAUGUUGGGAAAAUCUCUGAUGAAACAGAUAGAGCUAUUAAAUCAGCUCCUGUGAAAAGAUCAGCUGCUCCUCUAAAAAGAGGACAAUUUGGUCCAGCAAAAACUUCAUCUUCAACUCUAGCUCAGCCUGGUAAUACACCUUCCAUGGUUCCAAGGGCUACAACCGUCAAAAGAAACGUGUCAGUAAAAUCGACAUCAGCUCAAGCUGGUGCCGUCGAUGAAGAAACUUUCCUUACAACAUUCGAAGAUGUGCCAUCCGUAAAUUUAUUUUCCGCAAAAGAUCUUGAAGAGCAAAUGAAAAUUAUAAAAGAUAAUGUUGGUGAUGAUAAAAAAGAUUGGAAACAAAGGACAGAAAGUAUGAAAAAAUUAAGAGCAAUUAUCAUCGCAGGUGGUACGAAUUACGAAAACUUUUUAGAAAAUUUGAAGAAUGUUCAAAGACCUUUUGAAGUUGCUUGCACGGAUCUUAGAUCGCAAGUGGUAAGGGAAGCGUGCAUUACUUUAGCAUAUCUUAGUCAACAGUUAAAAAAUAAGUUUGCCAGCUUUGGAGAAGCAGUCUUACUCACCUUAAUGAAUCUCAUACAAAAUAGUGCCAAGGUUGUGGCAACAGCUGGUGCCGUAGCAGUAAGGUUUAUUCUUCAAAAUACACAUUGCAGUCGUUUUGUGCCAAUUAUCACAUCGUGCUUAAGUCACAAAAGUAAAGACAUACGUCGAGCUUCAUGCGAAUAUCUAAAUCUAAUUUUACAAAUAUGGCCUACUCAAAUAUUACAAAAACACGUGACUACAUUGCAAGACACGAUCAAGAAAGGUAUUGCAGAUUCAGAUUCGGAAGCGAGAGCUUUUGCUAGGAAAUCGUACUGGGCUUUCAAAGAUCAUUUCCCGGAACAAGCAGAAGCAUUGCUCAAUAGCCUUGACACUGCAUAUAAGCGUUCGUUAAUGUCUCUCAGCAAUAGCGGUAGCAUUAACAGUUUAAAUGUAGUUACGAGAUCAGCGAGCGUUAGUCCCCGAACAUCCAGACCAGUGAUGAGUGUUACAGGUAGUACGGAAAAUUUGCAUCAAACUUCGGGUCAACCACAUGGCCCACUCAGACGAACGCCGUCCUUGCCACGGUCAUAUCGUCAAUCUGGUAUCCCAGUCCUCCAAAGACCCACUGAUAGUCAUUAUCGUGGAACUUCGAGUGUUAGAUCGACUAGUGCGAUAGAUUUGCAAGCCGCACAAAGAGCUAAAGCGAGAAUGAUGUAUGCGAACAUGAGUAGACAGAAAGCAUCGCUUCCACGUCCUAGCAAAUCACCAGACACAACUGCUGUUGCUAGUCCAGAAAGAACGGCAAGAACAAGAACCCGAAUGUCUGGAGUGUCUCAAUCUCAGCCUAGCAGUAGAUCAGGAUCGCCAUCAUCAAGACUGAGUUAUGCAACUUAUAAUCGUGAAGGAGAAUCGUUAAUUGCAAGACCUAGACGGUUAUCUGGACAUGGAAUCAGAAGUACCGGUAAUAGUCGUGAGCCAAGCCCACAAAGGUUUGGAAUGGACAGAAGUUUUGCAAGCAAAAUACGAGGAAGAAGUUUACAUAUGUCUCCAACGGAUAGACCUCAAUCCAGACCAGUCAUGGCGCAAAAGAUGUUGCAACAAUCACGCGAAGCAGAAUCAGCAUUGGCGGAUGCGCUUACAUUUGAAAAUAUUGAUAAUUAUACAAGAACACCAAGAGGAAAAGGUGAUCACAGUGAUGAUAGUGAAACUAGUAGCAUAUGUUCUGAACGAAGUAUGGACAGUUUUAGACGACCAAACGAUUCGUUCUCAUGGAGUGGCUCUCAACAAAGACUAUAUCGUGAUAUGUGGGAUCAGUCUAUCCCAAAGGAUAUUAAGGAAAUUAUAGAAAAUUGUGCACAUAAACAUUGGGGCGAUAGAAAAGAAGGUUUAGUUGGAUUACAACAUUUUCUUUCAAACGGAAAUACGCUUACAGCUACGGAAUUGCGAAAAGUAACGGAUAUUUUUACGAAAAUGUUCAUGGAUUCUCAUACAAAAGUUUUCAGUUUAUUUUUGGAUACAUUGAAUGAACUAAUAACUACUCAUAGUGAAGAUCUUGGCGAUUGGCUUUAUGUUUUAUGUGCAAGACUUUUGAACAAAUUAGGCACUGACUUACUUGGUUCGAUACAAGCAAAAAUUCAUAAAACGCUUGAAGUUGUUAGAGAAUAUUUCCCAGGAGAGCAACUUUUACCUGCUGUAAUGAGGUAUUUAACAGAUCCAACACAAACUCCAAAUUCUCGCGUAAAAGUGGCGACGCUUAUGUUUAUUACACAAAUAGCAGAAACAGCACAACCAUCUGCACUUAAUAGUUCUGCAGGAACAGCAUUAGCAAGGUUACUUGAUUGGUCGAAUGAUGUUAAAAGCCAAGAAGUCAGAAGACAUGCACAAAAUGCUGUUAUAUCGCUAUAUAAUUUAAAUCCUCCAAAAGUGACUAUGAUAUUAGCUGAAUUACCGAAGUAUUAUCAGGAAGCGGCAUUGCCAUUAGUACAGAAUCAUUUAAGAAAAUCAUCAGGUUCGAGUAAUCCUGCAUCUCCUGGAACUCCGCCUCCUAGAGCACAGAGUUCACCAGCUCGUUCGAAAGGUAAAACUGAUAUCGACAAUGCGGAUGAAAAUUUGGAAGAAGUUUAUAAAUCCUUAAGACGUACCACAGCUGAAAUACAAAAUUAUGGUUUUGAACGUUUGGAAAGAGCAACUACUAGUAAAGAUAGUGGAAUUAGCAAUAUGGCUGAUGUAGAAGAAAAAAUGGAAGGACUUACAUUAUGCAAUUCGGGUCGUUCAUCUUCCGUUUCUUCUCCUACCCAAAGAGGACGAUCUGUUACUAAUAUUACAGUAAAUGGUUCAAGUGAUACUAUUGCAGGAGAUCUAAUUCUACCUCAAGAAAAUAAUGGUUACAAAACGCAUGGUUCAUCACCUGAUUCGAUAAAAAGGCCAGAAGUUUUAGAUAAUAUGAUUAAAACAUUACAAUCUAAAAUGACACAAACCGAAGAAAAAGUAUCAGCAUUACAAGAAUUUCAAUUAUACGUUCGUGAGGGAGAUGCCUUGUACAUUAAACAAAAUUUUAAAAAACUGCUCAAAACAUUAUUAGAUAGUUUGACUAACGAUAGUAAGAAGAUGCAAGUAGAAGUACUUCAAACUCUAAUUGAUAUGCUUAAAUGUACGGAACUUGUAGAUAGUUUUUCUGUUUAUCCUGAAUUACUGGUUUUAAAAGUGAUUAACGCGUAUAAGUUAGAUGAUCAAAAACAAGAUUCUUCCAGUAGCAGUAAUUCCAGAUCUCCAGUUCUAUGGAUGGCGGAAAAAUGUGCUGCAACGAUAGCAAUGGUUUUAAAACCAGAACAAGUUAUUCACUUAGUAUCAACUAUAAUAACUACUGAACCAUAUCCCUUGAAUAUGGGCGCAAUAAAAAUGCUUCAUAAGGUUGUGGAACAUUGGGGUCGUGAUGCAAUAGAACCUCAUUUAUCAAAAGUUAUGCCUGGUCUUAUCAAAGCAUAUGAUGAUACUGAAAGUGCAGUACGCAAAAGUGCUGUAUUCUGUAUGGUAGCAAUACACUUGGCAGUUGGUGAAGAAUUGUUGAAACCUCAUCUCAGUUGUUUAUAUACCAGCAAAUUGAAGCUUUUAAACAUUUAUAUACAACGCGCGCAACAAGCGAACAGUCAACCAGCAAGUCCACGUAGCAAUAGCAAAAAUUAACUAACACCAAAUUCCGCGACACUUAGGAUCGCGAUACUUAAAAGAUUUGCUCGUUUGAGUGCAAGACAUGAACGAAUGCUGGUUAGCUUCCUUAGUAAGUCCAAUCCGUGACAAUUAUCAUCGAACGAUAGAACAAUACAAGUCGAUGUUUUUCAAUAUGAUAGACUGAUCUGCAUGAUUUCACGGCAAGGUGUGUGCGACAUACCUGACCUCCUGACAGUGAUGUUGCACAAAAGCAGGUAGUAUACAAGUUAUUUAUGCAUAUUGUUUUGUUUACCAAAAAUUUAUACCUAUUGCAAUGAGAGAAUUGCUUUAGAUGUAAGAUUUCUCCAGUCAUAAUAUAUAUAUUUUUUAUUGAUACGUUA